GCGGAAGUCAUCAGGCGAAGUCAACGAGAGGCGCUCGUGUUGUGCUGACAGCAGCGAUGGCAGGAUAACGAGCACUUUCUUUUUACACUAACCACUGAAAAGCAGUUAAGUGUUUGGAUUUUCACAUCAAAGCGUCGCUUUUAAGCGUCUUUCAUGUUCUUUUAUUCACGUUGUUUGUCUGAAGACUUCCAGCUGGCGAAUCGCAUCAGUUGGCCCGGAGGGUUCUCGUCAGCAACGACGACACCCUCGGCUCCAUUCACGUCAGCGCUUUAAAAAAAUGACGGGAGAGAAGAUACGAUCCUUGCGGAAGGACCACAGGCUGAGUCAGGACGAUGACUUGCUGGAACCCGACAAAGAGGAGGCUGUCGCCGGGACGUUCACGGCUUCCAAGACGAACAAAAGCAGGGCGAGUCGAAUCUUUAGCAAUCACAAGUUAGUCAAGUCGGCAUCGCAGCAGAACCAACACGUCAAUGCAAACACACUGUCAACAUCUGAUGUCAUUAAUGACAACAACAAAAACCCCAUCGUCAGUAAUGGACAAGACUUUCCGGUCCAUGAAUGUGUGUUUAAUGGAGAUGUGCGACGCCUUUCGUCACUGAUCCGGACCCAAAACAUAUCCCAGAAAGACAUUCAUGGAAACACCCCGCUCCAUCUGGCUGUCAUGAUGGGCCACAAAGAAUGUGCCCAUCUGCUGCUGGCCCACAAUGCACCCGUGAAGGUGAAGAAUGCUCAGGGAUGGAGCCCCCUGGCAGAGGCUAUUAGUUACGGAGACAGACAAAUGAUAACGGCGCUGCUGAGGAAAUUAAAGCAACAGUCCAGAGAGAGCGUGGAGGAGAAGAGGCCGAAGUUGCUAACUGCGCUGAAAGAGCUUGGAGACUUUUACUUGGAACUUCACUGGGACUUCCAAAGUUGGGUGCCUCUGCUCUCCAGAAUUCUGCCUUCUGAUGCAUGCAAGAUCUACAAGCAGGGACUCAACAUCAGACUGGACACCACCUUGAUAGACUUCACGGACAUGAAGUGUCAGCGCGGUGACCUGAGCUUCAUCUUCAACGGCAACGCCGUCCCUUCGGAGUCUUUUGUGGUGCUGGACAACGAGCAGAAAGUCUACCAGCGGAUACACCACGAGGAGUCUGAGAUGGAGACGGAGGAGGAAGUGGACAUCCUGAUGAGCAGCGACGUUUACUCGGCCACACUCUCCACCAAGUCCAUCACCUUCUCCAGAGCACAGACCGGUUGGCUCUUCAGAGAAGACAAGACGGAGCGCGUUGGAAACUUCGUGGCGGAUUUCUACUCUGUGAACGGCCUGGUGCUGGAGUCGAGGAAGAGGCGGGAGCAUCUCAGCGAGGAGGACAUCUUGAGGAACAAAGCCAUCAUGGAGAGUCUGAGCAAAGGAGGGAACCUCACAGAUCAAAACUUUGAGCCCGUGAGGAGACAAUCUCUGACUCCGCCUUCACCCAACGUCGCAUCCUGGGAAGAAUACAUCACCGCUGACUACGGAAAAGCUCCUCAACUGGGGAGAGAGCUGGUGUGCAAAGAGAGCAAGAAAAACUUCAAGGCCACCGUCGCCAUGAGCCAGGACUUCCCUCUCAGCAUCGACUCGCUGUUGAAUGUUCUGGAGGUGAUCGCACCCUUCAAGCACUUUAAUAAACUCAGGGAGUUUGUCCAGAUGAAACUCCCCCCCGGUUUUCCUGUCAAACUCGACAUCCCCGUCUUCCCAACCAUCACAGCCACCGUGACUUUCCAGGAGUUUCGCUACGACGAGUUUGAGGAAUCCAUGUUUAGCGUCCCCAACGACUACAAGGAGGACCCGAGCCGCUUUCCCGACCUUUAACCCACCCUCCCCCACGCCAAAAACAGCAGCCGUUCCUGGACAGCCGUUACCUCCGACAGACAGAAUUGAGGCAACUUGAGUGACGGCUCGCUGGCGCCCCCUGCUGGAUGCUGCCGAGUACGUACCCGUACAUGCAAAAGCCGCGUUUCCAGCAAGCGAUGCAGGCGACACAAUCAGUAAAUGAAAGCUUUGUUGAAGAAAAAGCACAUUUUUGUCUUUCGGUACCAUGUGCCUCUGCAUUUGGGUGCCGAAAAGUACGAGACUGACUCCACUGCUUGGUGGGAUCACGUGUUUUAGUCGUGUUUGGAAAGACAAAACACUGAUUUUACUUCAGAGACACGCGUGUGCUUCUCUGGCCUGGUAACAUCAUGUGACGUGAUGUAUUUAACAUGCACACAUCUCCGAACAUGCACUCAACACACUUUUUUUCUGUUUUUUUAAAGUCACUGUACCACUUUUUGUUGGAAUUUACUUCAUGUUUUGCAACUUUUAACAGCCCCUGCAGCUUUUUUCACUUUGGGUUCUCAAUGAUCCACCUAAAAUGCCAUAAACACUGCGGUUUUUCAGGGGUUCCCAAAUGCGCCACCUAAAAUGUCGAAAGGUUCCGCGACAAAUGCGGAACAAAUCCUACUGUAAGUGGCUUGUUUUUUAUUUGGUACACUUCAAAAUUAAGCUGAAAAUAAGCUGCAAUGGUGCAAUGUAAAGAGAAAAGGCUCAAUUGUUGAUACUUCUAAGUUUUUUUUAAGCCUUUUUACAAAAUUGAAAAAAAAAUAUAUAAAAAGUUCCCCAACCCGCCUGGGUGGAAAAAGCUUGGACACGCCUGUCGUAAGGAAUGAAUGAAUCACUUUGUUUGGCACACGUUUUCUCACAACAUGUCUUCUGAAUGCGUUCUUUCUCCCUGUGGUGUGUACUCAGAUGUGUUUUGUUUUGUUCAUGCUGUCACAUGACUUGAUCCAACAACAUAGUGGAUUGUAAACAUGGUGGAAGUUGCUAUUUUUGUACAUAGACCUGUGUUUUUCAAGAAAAAUAUAUCUCUUCUGGUAUUUCUCUGGUGUGCUUGUUUUUUUUUAUUUCAAUACCGUAAUCCCUCGUCACUUUGCUCGUCCAAUUUUGUGACUUCAUAUAUUUCAUAAAUCCUGCUGUUUCAUGGUUGACUAUGGCCUAUCAGGCAAAAAUAUGCGCAUUUAAGCAAAUUGCAUGUAUUGUUUUGCCUAAAUGAAGCAUUCUUAAGCACAAAAAUGGCUAAACGAAGUAAAAUACAAAUAUAAGGCAUUCAGAAGACUCAUUCAAAGACGUUAUGAUGUGUAGUAUUCUACACUGGUCACUAGGUGUCAGUAAUGUUACAUUAAUAAGAGAACUACUUGGCGCUAAUAUGACUCCCAGUGCUAACGUACGGCCCGGCGACCCUCUGUAGUGCACAGCACAUUCAAACAAUACAAUUCUAGAAAGCAUUAGAAAAAUAAUAUUAGCACAACUGGAAAAAUAGCUGUGAUUUUAAAGAGAUAAAGUCUAUGUUAAGGGGGAAAACCUUAGAAUGAUGGAAAUAAAGUCAUAAUUACAAAAAGAAGAUGUUUAAGAAGAAAGAUUAUUUUAAGAAGAAUAUUUGGGGAAAAAAAUGGGAAAGAAAAACAAAGUUCAUAUUCAUAAUACACUUUUUCACCUACAGUAUAUCACAAAGCUGACAUGCUGUUUUUACUUGAAAUAGUGUGUAUAUAACUUAUUAGCAUUUAGAAAAUAUCAAAGUGACCCUUCCAUCCUUUCAUUUUUCAGUGUGGCCUUUGGUGGAAUAAGUCUGACCAGGACUGUCAGGGUGACUUUUGGGGUAUUAUUUCAUGUCCAAAGGCUUCUAGUAAUUUUAAAAACUGUAUUUAGAAGGUCAUAAACAGGUUUUCUAUG